AUGCUGGGAACCUCUGACACCUUCUUGGCACACACAGAGGAGCAUGGUUCUGGCCAAGGGGCAGAGAACUCUCUGAAAAGCAUCAAGCAAGCACACUGCCGGCUUCUCAAUUAUGCUCUUGAGGAGGGAUUCACCUAUUCUACAUGGAAUCAUAUCCACAACACUUUGAUCCCCAAAGAUGAGAAUGGGUGUAAGAUUCAUCGGCUUCGUGUGAUUCAUUUCUAUGAGGAUUGCAGGACACUAGGGAUGAUUGGUGCUGACUAUGCUGGCUUUCAAGAAGCCAACCUUGAUACCAACCAGACAAAUGUCAGGAAGAAAAUUCAUGCCGCCGUUCGAAAGGCGUUUGACCACAAAAAGGUGACCUUUGGCUCUACCCCACAGGUGCACCUGCGAGAAUACAAACUAGGUGGUACACUGUCGAUGGUGAUGAGGAGGUCAGUUGGACGUGUGGUUGAGGCAAAAGCCGAUUAUCUCGGCAGAUGGACGAGGACAGUGCUCGUGCAAGGAUGGAAAGAGGCUCUCGGUUUACAAUGUCUACUCCGUUUGUGA